AUGCGUCGAGUUAAAAAGUCCCGAAACGGGUGUGCCAGAUGCAAGAGCAAGCGGGUAAAAUGCGGGGAAGAGAAGCCGCACUGCAGUCGUUGCACUCGUCUUGGGGUCAGAUGCCCGGGAUAUGUUCAGACUCUGCGCUGGGUCACAAACAACCCCUCUGGUGAAGAUGGCGGUGGUCUGGAACCGGCCGCCGACAACGAUUCCGUCGACUUCAACACUCAUAUCGACACAUCGCCCCGGAAGGCGAGUCAGUCAUCUCAUCCUCGAUUACAGCCUACUUCGGAGCACUAUCUCAACCCAGAAAAUGCGGCUUCACUAGCCCCGGACGUUAUCCAUGCUCCUGAGCAUGGCGGCCUCGGACUCGUGGAGGACGAUGACGCCAACGCACUAUGCGAUGAACUAUGGGAUCUCCAGCAUUCUGGAUCCCUUCCGGAGUUGGCCGAUUUGUGCCCUCCGUCGCCAGCUUCUGCAAGGACCGCCACGAACCACCACGCAGAUGGCUCCGGAAUGGGCUUUGGCUCGCCGGCGAGCUUGGGUUCUGAUCCACUGGCCUUCUUCUCUCUCGCGGCUCCUCUACUUCAAAACCAAUCUCGAGACUUCCCUGGCUUCGAUCCGUCUACUAUUGUCCGCCAGUAUCCUCCUCCAUCUGCACCCGUCCGGCCCGCUCCGCGGGAUCUGACAUCAAUUCCUCGACCUCUAAACAAUCCGUCCUGGACGCUGAUUGAAUAUUACUUCAAGGAAGUUGCUGCACUAUUCUCCAGCUAUGAUAGCCAGAUGAACCCGUUCAGGACCACAGUUUCCCGUCUGUGGGGCUCGUCCCUGGCCAUGUGCCGCACUAUGCAGAGCAUGGCCGCGGCUACCCUGGUCAAUGACUUCCCACAGUUCGGUCCCAUGGGUAAGAAGAUGCGCAACGAGGCCAUCGAAAUCAUCAGCAACGAAACCACCGUGGACGACAAGUCUCUCUUAGCCUUGCUCAUGCUCGGUCAGACCGCAAGCUGGCACGACCCGAAGGAUCUCGGCAUCUCAUUCUUCAAUCUCCUCCGACGUCAUCUCGAUACGGCUGCCCUGGCAAGAUCGACUAACCCAACAAGCCGCGGAAACAACUAUCAAUUUUUUGAAGAAGCCCUCGUGUACUGGGAGAUGCUCCUCUCCUUCGUCGCCGAUGACGCUGCCGUCCUCCCCGCCGCGCACACCCCCUCAAACACCGCCGAAUCACUCGUCCUCCAACGGGUCCCGCACCCCUGGACUGGCAUCGCCCGCGACACGCAAUUCACCCUGCAGGAAGCCGGCCGUCUCGUCCGAGCGGAGCGCAAACGCAUCCGAGCGCGAAGAUUCACCUCUCAGGCUGAUAUCGCUCAAGCCCAGAUCGCGCUCGAGCGAGCCCAGGAGCUUGAAGAACGCCUCCUCUCCCUCGCCCACCCAACAGAAGCUGAGAUCGUCUCACCCGGCGACGACGAAACACCCGUCUGGCACCUUCUCACUAUGGCCGAAGUCUACCGCUGCACGGGUCUCCUGCAGCUCUACCGCACGUUUCCCGACCUUCUCCAGCGGCGACUACCCAUGCAAAACCAACAGCAGCAGCAGCACUAUCAUUCACCCAAUCAACAACACCAGCACCAGCACCAACCGUCUCACACCCCGAAUCCGCAUGUAUCCUUCAACCCACCCUUCAACCCUAACUCCUCCGCCUGGUUCACCGACCCACCGUAUCAACAACCCUCUGCCCAUCCCUCCACACAGCCAACCCAACAAACCCCCUCACCCCCCGACGCAAGCUACUACGACAGCUGGCUCACAGAAUUCGCGCUAACAACCCUCUCGCGCCUAAAAACCAUCCCGCAGGAAUCUCGCACGCGCUGUCUCCAACCCCUCCUCCUCGUCGCCUCAAGCAGCGAGCUGCGUCUCCCGCCACAACCCUCGCCGUCAAUGAACCCAGACUCCACAUCGGACACCGACGCCGACGCCGGCGGGGGUCCAACCCUAUCGGCAUCCGGAAACGGCCCCUGCAUCUCAAGCCUUGCGCUGGAGGUCUCGCGGACGAGACGCUUUGUCCUCGGCAGACUGACCUCGUUCCUGCACGUGUUGCCGCCGAAACCGAUUAGUGUUUGCUUGCAGUUGGUUGAGGAGGUUUGGAGGCGGAUGGACGGGGGCGAUGGUGACGUUUAUUGGAUGGAUGUUAUGAUUGAGAAGGGGUGGGAGACGACGAUGGGGUGA